AUGAAAAAUCCACCGCGCUUUAUUGUACUGGAAAAUGUUUGUGGAUUUGAAAAGUCCACUGCUCAUGAUUUGCUCAGAGACGUAAUGAUUGAUAAAAGUUAUUAUGUCGAGGAAUACGUAAUUUCACCGACUGAAAUCGGUAUUCCGAAUUCAAGACCUCGUUACUAUCUUUUGGCUAAGCUUGCAUGCUGUUGUUGUAAAUCGUCAAAUACUGAAAUUAUGGGCAAAUGGCCAGUAAAUGAUAACACUGCAGUCUACCGCCGAAAAACUAUCGGUGAAUAUUUGUGCAGUGAAGCGGCUAGAGAUAGUUCACUGUCGAUAAGCUCCGAAACUGUUAAACGAUUCGCAAAUGUCAUGCAUUUUGUUACUCCUGGCAGUUGCUAUUCCGCAUGUUUCACCAAAGCGUACAGCAGAUUCGCUGCUGGCACAGGCCCUAUCUUGGUACUAUUCAAAAAUACUCAAGAGCAGCGACUAAUAGACCGAAACAAAAUACAAGAACAAAAUCGUGCAUCAGUGCCUGCAUUCGAAGAAAUCUGCCUGGAGGUUGGAAAAUCUGGCGAUUUUGCAUAG